AUGAAGUCAGCAACCGCUACGAAAUCUCCGAAUGGCCACGGCAGCUGCUACAAGGAGGUGCGCUUCUCUCCUACGGCCACGCCUAUCAUGCGUCGGGCGCAGUCGUUGCCCGUCAACCAUCCCUAUCAUCACAUGAAUCACACGCUUGGCACCCAGGGCGACUCCUCCGUCUCCAGUGCAAAUUACCUCGACCAGGCCCAGUCCCUCCUGGAUCGACAACGAGCGAACUUCGACGGCGAGAGGGCUCUCUUUGCCGAAGAGAGGCAAUUAUGGGAGCAGGAGCGCUCGUUACUGAAAUCCAAGAUCGCCGAACUGGAGUCGCUGCUGAGGCGCACCGGGGCUACGGUCGCUGGCUCGACCUCACCACCUGGCGCCUCGGCACCCCAGUCGUCCGUGACCUUUCAGAACUUGCCCACGAACUGGUCGGACUCGACUCACCUCGGCACCAAUCCCCAGGUGUGGGAGGGGUCCAGCCCUGGCUCGCGGCCCACAAGGGUUUUCCCCGAAGCGGAGAAACUAGUAGACAGCCAGACCUCGUUGUCGGAGCAAGGAGCUACCCUGUCGACCCCAUCCCUUGACGCUGCUCUGUCACCCCGGUCCCAUGCGACCGACUCAACUCCCGGCUCUACUAUGUCCGUCCCCAUCGAAAAGCUCGACAGCAAAUUGGAUGGCAUCACGCUGAAAUCCACCGCGCUGCCGCCGGAAAUCUUUGCCCGCGUGAUGACGCCCCCAUCCCCGCUGUCUCGGGAGACGUCUCCCUCUGCUACUCACAAGGCCGAAAUCAAACCCGGCUUUAAACUCCGUCUGUCCGAGCUAGGGCCCCCAGAAAGGAACCUGGUCAGGGAUGCGGGACACACCCCCAUGGCCGUCAUCGAUCGCGACAUGGAUACGGAGUUGCCGUCUCCGAACGAGGACACCAUCAAAGAGGAGGACGAACCCCUUACUCCCCGGGCGCUUCGGCAACCUGCAGAAAACUCCGAUUCGUAUUUCGCCGAUCUGCCCGACGACCCAGCUCUGAAGGGGCCUCUCUCCCUGGUCAACGACGAGGAGCACGACAAUGACUUUCUCAAGGAGCUAGAUCAAAAGCUCCUUGGCGAGGCGAGACACGUCCUAGGGUCGUCUGGGGCAACCCAGGAGUCGAAGGAAGACGACACCAACGCCUCAAACCAAGGAGAGCAGGAGCCCGAGCUGAAACUCAGAAGCACCACCAAUUUUGGCACGGCUUUUGGCGAUCCUGAGCUAGAACGAUAUCUAGCGAAGCAAUCUACUUUGGCAUAA